AUGAAGUCCAGUAACAGCUGUCGCUCUUUGCUCUGCUACAAUCUGCGUUCCCACCAGGUUUACGAGACUCCGUUCUUUGUGGCGGUGGAUCAUGGAAAGAAGAAAGUUGUCAUCAGUAUCAGAGGAACUCUUUCACCAAAGGACGCUUUGACUGACCUGACCGGAGACUCUGAGCGUUUACCUGUGGAGGAGCAGCAGGGGAACUGGCUUGGUCACAAGGGAAUGGUUUACUCAGCAGAAUACAUUAAGAAGAAACUGGAGCAGGAAAUGAUCUUGUCACAAGCUUUUGGACGAGACUUGAGCAAAGGCACCAUGCACUAUGGGCUGGUGAUCGUUGGACAUUCUCUCGGUGCAGGCACCGCUGCUAUUCUGUCCUUCCUGCUCAGACCUCACUACCCUACACUUCACUGCUACUCUUAUUCUCCACCUGGUGGCCUUCUUAGUGAGGAUGCCAUGGAGUACUCCAAAGAGUUUGUGACAUCUGUGGUAUUAGGAAAAGACCUAGUACCAAGGCUCGGCCUUUCACAGCUGGAGGGUUUCCGACGGCACCUUCUGGAAGUCCUGCAGAAAAGCAACAAGCCAAAAUGGAGGAUCAUUGCAGGAGGUACCAAAUGCAUCCCCAAAUCUGAGCUUCCAGUAGAGGAUGACGAUCCUCAGUCGCAGCCGGCAGCUCCCCCCAGCAGCCGCCUGUGGCUACACCCCAGUGACCUCAGCAUCGCCUUGUCAGCCUCCACGCCCCUUUACCCUCCCGGCAGGAUCAUCCACGUGGUGCACAACCAUCCACCAGAGACGUGCUGUGGUCAGGAAGAGCCAACCUACUCGGCUCUGUGGGGAGACAACAAGGCCUUCAACGAGGUCAUCAUAUCACCCGCGAUGCUGAACGAGCACAUGCCGCACAUGGUGAUGAAGGGCCUGAACAAGGUGCUGGAGAACUACAAUAAAGGAAAAACGGCUUUGUUGUCAGCAGCCAAGAUUAUGGUGAGUCCGACAGAAGUAGACUUGAACCCAGAGAGCAUGUUCGUGGAUACGUCGACAGCCUCUCAGCAGCUGACACCUACAACCCACCACCGCAGGAACAGCAGUGUUCGACAAAAACCCUUGUUGCGUUCUUGUGCCCAGUCUGAAAUAUCUCUGGAUGGUUUCGCUGAGUGCCCUCCUCCCCCAGUGCCUACAGUAUUGCGUGGAGCACGGGAACGUCUGGCAGUGGAGCUGAGAGACCGAAAGGCACCGCUGGCCGUCAUGGAGAGCCUCUCAGACGCAGAGUCACUCUACAGCCUGGAUUCACGACGCUCCUCAGCUGCUUUAAGGGGUUCACCAAUGCUGGGUAGUCUACCAUUCCCAUUGGAUGCCCCAAUACCAGAGGAAAAUCCAUCUCUCAGCUCUCGCACUGAAUUACUAGCUGCAGACUGCCUCUGCCCGACAACACCAGAGCACAUGGGUGAGGUUGGACCCUUCUUAACCCCAUUCGAUUCCAGAUCCACCCCAGAGUACUCUAUGAGGCUGUCUCCUGCCACACCUCGCUAUAGUGGACACCAUUCCCCAGCCCUUCUGACUCGGAGUGUCUCGUCACAGCCGUUCAAACCACAGUCCAAUGCCACCCGAACAAUGCUUCUUGAUGGGGAACACAUGCCUGGUCUCUACAGCCCAGGGAGCACUCCUAAUGCUCCGCUGAGCCCACAAAUGGGUUUUAAACUACUAGAUGGGGAAAAAGAGGACCAGGAAACAAGGUUAGUUGCAGAAACCCCACUGGCAGCUUCGACUCUUCCACCCCCGCUGUCCAAUGGGAACCCCAGCCAGGCUGUGCUAGAGUUUGCCCAGUAUUUAGACUCUCUGUUCAGACUGGACGGCAGCAGUUCACCACCUCUGGACCUGUCUGAUGGAGAGUCGGAGUCAGGUCGGGGCUCUUUUGGGCAGGGAGAGUGUCUUGGAGACGGACAGCAGUUGGAUGACACGCAACUUCUGGCCAGAGCAACGAUGGAGCCUAACCUUGUACCCAAGCCUCCACGCACUUUUGCAGGGUCUGCUGACCCCUCUUCAGGCAUAUCCUUGUCACCCUCCUUUCCCCUUUCAUCAUCUGAGGAGCUCAAUGAUCUUUCCCCAGGCGAUGGCGCCCCGCCAACCAUACACUCUCUACGAACCACUUGCCACUGUCCUGAAGAGAACACGCUAUCUUCGAUGGUGUAG